UACCCCUGUAGAAGGUCCCGUAUUACCCCUUUUCCCGAUAUAAAAGCCGGCUGCUCCUUCCCUCCUCGUCAGUGUGCUAUCAUCAGUCCCACAGUCACCAUGAAGGUCUUCGCCGCCGUGCUCUGCCUCGCCGCCGCCGCCUCCGCCAGGAUGGCCUACCAGCUCCCCAACGGCUUCCUCGACAUCCUGGGCGGCGACCCCCAGCAGGCCUUCUCCUGCGACAGCCGCGCCUACGGCUACUACGCCGACGUCGCCAACGGCUGCAGGAUCUUCCACGUGUGCGAGCCCAUCGCCGACGAGGAGGGCGCCGUCGUCGAGACCGCCCACUACUCGUUCGUGUGCGGCAACCAGACCGUGUUCAGCCAGAGCUCCCUCACCUGCGCCCACCCCGAGGACGCCUUCCCCUGCGACCAGGCCGAGACCAUGUACGACGCCUCCAACGCCGACUUCGGGAAGAUCCCCGUCGAUAUCUAGACGCCCCGCCCCUCGACGUGUCCGAAAACGUGCCAUCUCUCCCCAUCACCCCAUCGCCGCGCAUGUCUCCCCGUCCUUCCUAGAUGUCUGGGAGGGUCAUCGCCAUUUCGCUCCUUUCCUCCCCCUUUUUUGCCUUCUCCUCUCUGCCUUCCCUCGCAUUUAUUGCCCCUUCUCCUUGUUCUAAACUUUAUCUUGCUAUUUGAUCUCUCUCACACUUCGUUCCCUAGAUAUUCCUCUCUUUUAUUUUGCUUUUUUCCUUUCCCUCGCACGUCCUUCCCUUUUUUCUUAUUGCUCUCCUUUCCUCGUUUUCUCUUUCCCCUCUCAGUCCCUUUCCUUUUUGUUUUCCAUUUCCCUCUCUCCUUCCUUUAUCUCCCAUCCCUCGAUCUUCAUCAUUGGUGUUUUAUUGUAUGUCCUCCUCCUUUUCAUCAGUGUUGUUUCAAACUUAAUCGCUAUGUAUUCCUUGGGUCUCGUUAUGAGGUCCAUUCACCUGUGAUAUUGUGUUUUAUGUGUGAAUAAAAGCAUACAUUUAA